AACAUAGAAGAAAUUGACACACACGUGCACAAACAAAGCUUCGCAAUGGCCUCACCAAGAGCGAGCACCAGCUUGGCGCUGAGCCUCCUCCUGGCCGCCGCGGCAGCGCUCCUCCUGGCGUGCCCCGGCGCGGCGCAGUCGUCGCCCGCGCCGUCGUCGGGCGGCGGCAGCUGCAUGACGGAGAUCGUGAGCCUGGCGCCGUGCCUGGGCUACAUGUCCGGCAACACGUCCAAGCCCAGCUCCUCCUGCUGCUCGUCGCUGUCGAGCGUGGUGACGUCGAACCCAAGGUGCCUCUGCAUGGUGCUCGGCGGCGGCGCGUCCUCGCUCGGCGUCACCAUCAACAACACGCGCGCGCUCGAGCUCCCCGGCGCCUGCAACGUCAAGACCCCACCUGCCAGCCAGUGCAAGUCCGUCGGCGUCCCUGUGCCGUCUCCGGCGGCACCCGCAACGCCGGCCACUACACCUGCGACACCCGCGACGCCGGCCACUACACCUGCGACACCGGCGAGCCCCGGGACGCCGUCCGUGCCAAGCGCUACUCCCACAGCUGGUGGAACCGUGGCGAAAGGGACCGAGAACGCCCAAUCUUCCGGCGGGAGCACCGCCGGCAAGGCCACCUCGGCUCUUCCCGUCGCCGUCGUCGUCCUCUCGGCAGCAUUUGCCUUGCUCCAUGCUUGAUUUCCCUUCUCGACGCGUUGCGCGGUUUAUUUUCACUUGAUUGUUUGCAUGCAUGUGUGCAACCGGUACAACUAUGUACUGUUCGGUUUGAUUUCGUGGCACUACACGAUUGCUCUUGUUGUUGUACUUGUACAUGUAACCUUAUUGCAUUUUAACUGUGGCGUACAGUAUUUGUUGAGGUGUAUGUGUAUGCAUAUCCAUGUGUGUGCCGUACCACAAUUGAGACGAGCUGGAUUUUUUCCCUAA